UUUGGAUCUGAUGUGGCGCGAGAUGUCCUAGGGCUUUUCCUCCCGGUAGUCAACACAGGAAGGGCGAGUGCAGGGUUUUGCUCACCGUGACUUCGCUAAAAGCCUCUGUUAGAUAAGAGGGCCACAGCACAGCACAGCCUAGCACAGCACAACACACCAGUGAUGUCAGCAGAUCACUAAUCUCUCGGGGGAUUGGAGGACGGACUCUUGUCAGAAAACAUCGGUGCCUGUCUGGAUCAGUGCUGGGCAGGCUGAGCGCUCGUUUGUGUUGCGUAGACGCUGUCAAGAGAGGGCUGGCUGAUAUGGGGAAAAGGAGCCCGUGAGAAGAUUCUGGCUUGACGGGCAGCGCUAAUACCUUCCGGCCGGCACACAUUCGGUUCCGAGGCGCGGAUUCCUCCGACCGCUGUAAACCCAAAGGGGGGGAUCUCUGACAUCCUUGCCCACAAGGACGCACCAUGUUUUUGGGAGGCUUGGAUCCCAACUCCAAUGGAUUUAACACCCAGAGGGCCGACGAGGAGGCGGUGCUGGACAGAGGAGGCACACGCUCCAUGCUGAACACCAACUUUGAGAAGGAGGAGCUUGAAGGCCAUCGUACCCUGUACAUCGGGGUCCACGUUCCCCUGGGAAGGAAGUCCCGCCGACGUCACCGUCACCAUGGCAGCCACAGCAAAAACAGCAGGAAGAGAUCCAAAGAGAGGGAAUCAGGGGUGGAAGACGAUGGAAGAGAAUCACCCUCCCACACAGACACUCCUGCCCAGAGGGUGCAGUUCCUGUUGGGGACAGAGGAUGGCGACGAGGAGCACAUACCUCAUGCCCUCUUCACUGAGCUGGACGAAAUCUGCCUGAGAGAAGGCGAGGACGCGGAGUGGAAAGAGACUGCCAGGUGGCUGAAGUUCGAGGAGGACGUGGAGGACGGAGGGGAGCGUUGGAGCAAGCCCUACGUGGCCACCCUGUCUCUACACAGCCUGUUUGAGCUGAGGAGCUGUAUUCUAAAUGGAACCGUGCUGCUGGACAUGAGGGCCAACUCGCUGGAGGAGAUCGCAGAUAUGGUCCUGGACCAGCACGAGGCUUUGGGCGCGCUGGGGGAGGACGCCAGGAGCAGGAUCCGCGAGGCUCUCCUCAAACAGCACCACCACCAGAACCACAAGAAGCUGGCCAACCGCAUCCCCAUUGUGCGCUCCUUCGCCGACAUCGGCAAGAAGCACUCGGAGCCCCACUCCAUGGAUAAGAAUGGUCAGACGGUCUCACCCCAGUCCCUGCCAGCCACCACAGAAGGCCAUGUCAGCCGGGAGAACAGCCAUGUGGAUUUCAGCAAGAUCGACCUCCACUUCAUGAAGAAGAUCCCACCGGGUGCAGAGGCAUCCAACGUCUUGGUGGGGGAGCUGGAGUUCCUGGAGCGACCCGUGGUCGCCUUCGUCCGUCUCUGUCCCGCCGUGCUGCUUAGCGGCUUGGCUGAGGUCCCUAUCACCACCAGGUUCCUCUUCAUUCUCCUUGGGCCUCUGGGAAAAGGACCACAGUACCACGAGAUUGGCCGAUCCAUCGCAACUCUGAUGACAGACGAGGUGUUUCAUGACGUGGCAUAUAAAGCCAAGGACAGGAACGACCUGGUGGCCGGAAUUGACGAGUUCCUGGACCAGGUGACAGUCCUCCCACCUGGGGAGUGGGACCCCUCCAUCAGAAUAGAGCCCCCCAAAAACGUCCCCUCUCAGGAAAAACGCAAGGUCCCUCCUCUACCCAACGGAGAUCUGGGAGACUCAAUGGAACCUGGAGGCCAUGGAGGUCCAGAGCUACAGAGGACUGGGAGGUUCUUUGGAGGGUUCUUCUUGGAUGUUAAGCGCAAGGCACCCCAUUAUCUGUCUGACUACACGGACGCUGUGAGCCUGCAAUGUUUGGCCUCCUUCCUGUUCCUCUACUGUGCCUGCAUGUCCCCCGUCAUCACCUUUGGAGGUCUGCUGGGGGAAGCCACAGAGGGACGCAUAAGUGCAAUUGAGUCCCUAUUCGGAGCAUCCAUGACGGGGAUAGCCUACUCCCUGUUUGCUGGGCAGCCGCUCACCAUCCUGGGAAGCACAGGGCCUGUUCUAGUGUUCGAGAAGAUUCUCUUCAAAUUCUGCAAGGACAAUGACCUGUCCUACCUCUCUCUGAGAGCCUGUAUCGGCCUGUGGACGGCGUUUCUCUGUCUUCUCCUGGUUGCCACGGACGCCAGCUCCCUGGUCUGUUACAUCACGCGCUUCACAGAGGAGGCCUUCGCUUCCCUCAUCUGCAUCAUCUUCAUCUACGAGGCCCUGGAGAAGCUCAUCCACCUAGGGGAACACUACCCAAUCAACAUGAACAACAACCUGCAGAAGCUCACCCACUACUCAUGUGCGUGCGUGGAGCCCAGGGAUCCGAGCAAUUCCACGAUGAGGUACUGGGAGGAUCGGAACAUCACCGCAUCGGAGGUCAACUGGACGAGCCUGGAGGUCAAGGAGUGCUUCAUGUUCCGUGGCGAGUUUGAGGGCAGCGCCUGUGGCCCCCACGGCCCCUACAUCCCGGAUGUUCUCUUCUGGUGCGUGGUCCUGUUCUUCUCCACUGUCUUCAUGUCUGCGUUCCUCAAGGAGUUCAAGACCAGCCGCUACUUCCCCACCAAGGUCAGGGCCCAGAUCAGUGACUUUGCCGUCUUCAUCACCAUCCUCACCAUGGUGCUGGUGGACUACGCUCUGGGGAUCCCCUCCCCCAAACUGCAGGUCCCCAACAAGUUCAAGCCCACUAGAGACGACCGUGGCUGGGUGGUGAACCCGAUCGGCCCCAACCCGUGGUGGACCGCCAUUGUGUCCAUCCUCCCGGCGCUACUCUGCACCAUCCUCAUCUUCAUGGACCAGCAGAUCACGGCCGUCAUCAUCAACAGGAAGGAGCACAAGCUGAAGAAAGGCUGUGGCUACCACCUGGACCUGUUUGUGGUGGGGGUGAUGCUGGGGGUGUGCUCCGUCAUGGGCCUGCCCUGGUUCGUGGCGGCCACCGUUCUCUCCAUCUCCCACGUCAACAGCCUGAAGCUGGAGUCGGAGUGCUCGGCCCCUGGGGAGCAGCCCAAGUUCCUGGGCAUCCGAGAGCAGCGCUUCACCGGCCUCAUGAUCUUCCUGCUCAUGGGCUGCUCCGUCUUCAUGACCUCCGUUCUCAAGUUCAUCCCCAUGCCCGUGCUGUACGGAGUCUUCUUGUACAUGGGAGCGUCCUCACUCAGAGGGAUCCAGUUCUUCGACCGUCUCAAGCUGUUCGGCAUGCCGGCCAAGCACCAGCCGGACUUCAUCUACCUGAGACAUGUUCCUCUGAGGAAAGUCCACCUGUUCACCAUCAUCCAGCUCAGCUGCCUGGUGCUGCUGUGGGUCAUCAAGACCUCCAACUACGCCAUCGUCUUCCCCAUGAUGGUGUUAGCUCUGGUGUUCAUCCGGAAGCUCCUGGACUUCAUGUUCACUAAGAAGGAGCUAAGCUGGCUGGACGACCUGAUGCCCGAGUGGAAGAAGAAGAAGUUAGAGGAAGGAGAAGGAGAAGAGGAGGAGGAGCCAAGUAUCACCCUGGAGGAGGGGAUAAUCAGUGUUCCAUUGGAAGGACAUUACAAGAGUGAUCCUGCAACAGUGAACAUCUCUGAAGAGAUGUCCAAAGGCUCUUUUGGGAAUGUGUGGAACAGUGUCAGCACUAGUGAAAACUCCAAGAAGGAUCUGAGCUCCAAAAGUGGCGGCGAGACUAAGCAAAAGCGCAGGGAGGCAAAGUUGGACCGAGAGACGAGUUUGUGAUCCUUACCUGCUUCGUCGUGAUGCUGUGGAGAAAAAUCAGCCCAACCUGUCCCACCUCUGUUCUGCGCUGCACUGUGUUCUCAUCGUUUGUGUGUGUGUGUGCGCGCGCGCAUGCUUGCGUGCGAGGGAUCCUUCGAAAAACAUUGUUACCUUACGGAGGAACCAACAAAUACAGUAUUAACUUUGCUUAUUUUCUACGUCAAUGUAUGUUGAUACCAGCAACAGAGGAAGCUGCGAUACUUCGUCAUGGUGUCAAUCUUCCCAUGGGCCAAUUUAUUAGCAACCAAAUGG